GCUAGCCAAAGAUCUUAUCUAUGGUUCAAUCUAUCUAUGUGGUAGAAAUGAAAGUAAAACUUCUAAAACUAGUUUAACUUGUUUCAGUUGCAACGAGAGAGGAGAUAUUGAACAACAUGAAAAUCUUCACUGUUCUCCUUUGUUUAAUUCCAUAUGCAGGUGUGCUAGGAUUCCUACAGGUGCAAUGGCUGCGCUGUCGACUGACAGAUGAGUAUGUAUGGACAAAUGCUGAGGGACACAUUGAAAGUAAUAACAGCUACAGAGAUGCCGUGUUGCAGUUUGACAACUCGGGGAACAGCGCUUUGUUGUCUGACUCAAUCACAUUCCUUGUUGCAGCAUCUAAGGUGGAUAUGAGGAAGUUUGUGGAGGGUCCGGUGGAUCGACUGCAGUGUGACAUCCACAGGUACAGCAAAGGGAUGAGCCGUGUGCGCUGGCCAAGCCUGGGAGGAACAGGGCACGACAUCUGGUUCACCUGCACACUGCGGCACACCGCAGGCCUCUUCAACAUCACCUCCUUCCUCAGAGUCACCCCGGCCACGACCUUGUCGACCCACCAGCAAGACUUCUUCAGCUGGCUCACCAUCGGAGUUAAAGAAAAAAUAAGCGCCUCCGCUGUGAUGGUGCUUAUGACCCGCUCUCCAUCCGUGCGGGUGGGCCUGCAGAAAGAGACGACCCUGCAUUGUCAGUUUGCCGUGGACCACAAGGUCCCUCACCUUACAGUCGAGUGGCAUUUUCAGCGGCGCGGAGGGGGCCGGACCAAGCUGUUCAGCUACUCCAGCCGCUCAGGUCAGACAGAGGGCAGCGGGGUGGCAGUGAAGGGCAUUGCCGGGGGGGAUGCCUCCCUGACUGUGCCCAUCACCAAGGUGAGCAGUGAGGGGACGUACGUGUGUUCCGUCCGCGUACCCCCACUCAACGGGAGUGUGGACAUCACGCUGCACAUCAUAGAGCCUCCUGAUGUUUCCUUGACUACAAAGGAGGAGCAGAUCCCCAGAGUAGUGUGUGAGGCUAAUGGCUUUUACCCCCUGGAUGUGGAGAUUGACCUUUUCAAGGAGACUAGCAGUGGUCAACGGCCUGAGAAGCUGGGGAACAUCUUGCGCUCUAGUCACCUCCAACAUCAUGACAAUACUCACUCUGUGGCAGCCUUCGUCCGGCUGCGGCCCUCCCCUCAGGACUCUGGGUGCGCAAUAUAUUCCUGUAGAGUGUCACACGUCUCCCUGCAAGGUCUGUACAUCCACAAGAGCAUUAUCGGCCCAGGCUGUUGGACUUGGAUUCAUCUGACCUUGCCUGGACUGGUAUGCCUGAUUUUUGUGAUAAUUUUCAUAGCAGUAACAAGACGGCGUUAUUUUUAACAAGACAGUACAAAGACGAUAAAAGAAAGACGAAACAAGAAAGUCUCCACCUCCUUGUCCCCCUUUUGCUGCUCAGUGGGUCAAAUGUUUCUGGUAAGCUUCCUGAGCGGCAUGACGGCUGAGUGAUCCCAUGGUGUUUAUACUGUCGUACUAUUGUUUGUACAGAUUAAUAUGGUACCUUCAGGCAUUUGGAAAUUGCUCCCAAGGAUGAACCAGACUUGUGGAGGUCUGCAAAAAAAAAUCUGAGGUCUUUUUCUGAGACUGAUUUCUUUUGAUUUUAUCAUAAUGUCAAACCAAGAGUAUCGUGGUAAUUUCCUUUAUUACUAAGUGAAAGGAGAGUUUACAAACCACACACAAGUCAGAGUUAUACUUUAAACUUAAUCUUUUAAUAAUAUGAGCUUCACGAUAGCCCUUUGACUCUCAGAUCAAUUCAGUGUCUAUAAAUGAAUUCUGAGAGUGUCAACAUAAUGGGAACUGAGAUCUUUUAUAGCAAAGAUCCACCCCUCUCAACUCACAAUGACGAACCACAGGUCUUAGGAAAACUGCACAACGGAAGACUUUUACUUGAGAGAGGAGUAUCCCAUAGCCAGUGUCAUGACGUUGGCCUCUUUGGGUAUAGCAAGCCCAUCCCCCUCUCCCUGCCUCCCCCUUGCCUCCUAUAACUAGGCUGCUGUGGUCAGAGGUCCUAAAUUCCUGAGAAGACCUCAUGGACACACAGUUAUAGAGAGUAGUUUUCCAUGGAGACAAAGGAAAUCCUUCCACCUCACAGAACUUGAGGUACGAACAAAUUUCAUGUUCCGGAGAAAGUGUAAAAGAUCGGUGAAGAAUCCAGCUACGAACUGGUCCGUUUGUCACAACUUGGGAAGCUCAUGGGAGACGGUGUGGCCACAUUACCAUAACGCUGUUUAUAUAAUAGCCCCAGAUAUAAGGUUUACAUCGAAUUGUUGUAUAAGAUGAAUGAGUGAGUAUGAUACUGUUUACACAAUUUUAAAAUGUGAUUUUGGACUGUUUAAUGAAGGAAAACUUAAAAAGGGAAUUGGAUUUGAACUAAAUCAGAGGACCGCUCCUGAGCCUAGUUAGGGUCAGACAUCCUGGGACAGCCCUUUUCUGCCAUUCCGAAUAAAACCCAACUUUGAGAAAUUAUCCCCAGACCGAGCUUACCUCAAUUAUGAGAUGGCUAAAGGUUGCAGACCAUUGCUGAAUCUUUUAACCAUACCACGUGGUUAAACUCUUAGACUAUCGAUACCGACAGAAUGAGAACAAGUCUUUGAUAUUAAUUACUAGUCUUCAGUUAGGAAUUCGGUAUCAUUGAACGCGAAGAACGACACCCGCCGAAACAUCCAUCUAUAACGAAUGUCGCUUUGAACUAUCCCCUCUAACCAAGACAGAGGGAGAGAGACGGAUAAUUCUACAAAAUAAAUACUUUUCACCAGCGAUCAAGACGACACACUGAGCGUAAAUAUAUUGAUUCAUUGCAAUUGUUCCCGAAUGAGUGAGUGUUCAUGUGUAAAGGAUUAGCAUUUAAAUUGUUAUAAUUAUUAACUCUGUAGUGACUUCUUAGUCGACCCCCACUUCUCCUUUGUCUAACAAGCCGCCAUGCCUGUUCAGCCCACUAGGGCACAUUUUCCUAUCAUUUCAUGUAACCACAUUUACCAUGUUUGUUUAUGCAUUUCUGUGAAUUACUUAGUUAGUAAUAAAUAAAUUAUUUAAGACAAUUGAUGUAUGGAUGACUCAUAGUGAAGACUGGGUUCGUGCAGAUAACCAACAAUUUACGACUUUUGGAAUGAGACUAACGUGAGUUUAAAUAAAUCAUUAAUCAGAAGACUAUUAAUCAGAUAUGAAAAUAUCUGAAAAUUAUAACUUUAAUCUGAAUACUUUCCUUGGUGCCCCGACUUCCUAGUUAAUUACAGUUACAUGAUUAUUCAGUUUAAUCGCGUAAUACUAAUUACAGGAAUCUUUGAUAAAAACUAAGUCUUCAAUUUAAUGAUAGUAAAGACACCACACCAGACGGCAUUAGCUAUAAAUUAUCGUUCAGUUUUCUCUCUAAGACAAGGUUCUACUUCUUGGUACUUCAUAUUACCAAAACAUUACCUCAUCCAAUGACGUAUAUCAAUUGUCAAUUCUAGAUACUCCCAUCUCAAAUACAACCCACCCCUGGACAAGCUCCCUGAGAGGAGUGAGCCUCUAGGUCAUAUACUAUGAAAGACAAGUUUUGACAUCAGAGGGGACAUACAAUGGUUCCAGACACUGCCAUACUCCUCCCCCCAAUGGGAAAAGUAGGGAGUGACUGGUGUACAGACAUUGUGGAGCCCUUCACAUGGUUUAACCGAUACCCUCACAUAUGAAGACAAUCCUGACCUCUCCCCUCUCUGGGCCCCAAGUGACUUUUACCACGUAAGCAUAUUUAUGAAGGUAGAUAAAACAUCUUAUUUAUCAAUGUUACCUAACUAAUUCUGAUUCUGCUACGACAAGAGGCACUGAGUUUGAAGGUCGGCCUUGAAAUACAUACACAGUCAUCCAAUUAACUCAAAUGAUGUCAAUUAGCCUAUCAGAAGCUUCUAAAGCCAUGGCAUUCUUUUCUGGAAUUUUCCAAGCUGUCCUAAUCAACUUGCAAAAUAGUUUUUUAACAAGAAAUUUGUGGAGUGGUUGAAAAAUGAGUUUUAAUGACUCCAACAGUGUAUUCCGACUUCAACUGUUUACCUUUGAUGUGAAAUGGCAUUAUGCUUAUCCUUGUUAUUCCGAUCAUAACUAUUUUAUUAACAUUAUUAUUAUCUUGGCCAAAUAUUAUAUUCACAAAUGUAAAUGGGGUGGAAAAAAAAAAAUAUAUAUAUAUAUUUUCAUUUAACUAUUUUUCUAUUGUGUUUGUUUGUUUAUUCCAUGUGUAACUCUGUUACGACACUCUGUUUGUGUCGCACUGCUUUGCUUUAUCUUGGCCAGGUCACAGUUGUAAAUGAGAACUUAUUCUCAACUAGCCUACCUUGUUAAGUAAAGGUGAAUUUUUUUUUUUUACAAUUUUAUAAACCCUCAAACUUGUGAAACUUAAAAAGUAGGAUAAAUGAUUCAAAGUCAUGUCUAUUAAUGUCUCAUUGCCUUGUCACAUAUUAAUGAUGUCCUGAAUUAUUCUUUCUUUGGGGGGGUUUGCCUGGUGUUCUAUUAUUUCAUUUUUUUCAUUGUAUUCACAGGAUUGUCCCUGUAUUGAUGUGUAAUAUUAUUCUUUUUGCAAUAAACUACAUUUAAAAAAUAAAAUAA